AUGUCCGCCGAUUUCUGGGCUGGCUACGUCAGCGGUGCCGUAGGCAUCAUCAUCGGCAAUCCUCUUGAUCUCCUCAAAGUCCGUCUUCAAGCCCCUCCUACCGCUCCUCCUCCCGGCCAGAUCCCCGCAGCCGCCGCAUCCUCCUACGUCCGUCACUUCGAAACCCCUGCCUCUCUAGUAUCCGGCUCAGCUGCCCCGAUCCUCGGCUACGGCGCUCUCAAUGCUCUACUCUUCGUCUCCUACAACCGCACCGAGGCGGCCCUUAAUUCAGCCCUCAACGUGAAGUCCAGUUUGUGGACCACGUGGAUCGCCGGUGCAGUCGGUGGCCUGGCCACUUGGGUAGUCAGUACGCCUACGGAGCUGAUUAAAUGUCGAGCUCAACUUUCUUCCCCGCCAGCAUCGAGCUGGGCUAUAACCAAGGAUGUCUGGCGCGCUGAGGGCCUAAGGGGAUUGUACUUUGGUGGCGUGGUAACAGCGCUGCGGGACAGCGUCGGCUAUGGCUUCUACUUCUGGUCGUACGAGCUCAGCACCCGCUGGAUGGGCGUUGCUACAGCCGACUCUGGGCCGGAGACAAACCUUCGUGAGGAGGCGGCCAAGGUUCUCUUCUGCGGUGGGCUCGCCGGUAUCGUGACGUGGGUGAGCAUCUUUCCCCUAGAUGUCAUCAAAACACGCGUGCAGACCCAGGCGUUCCAAAGGUCGCCGGAAACGACGCCGCUCCUUGCUACACAGGGGUCAGAGGCCCCGAGACGGGCCGGCGCAAUACAGGUCGCUCGAGAGGCGUACCGAGAAGGUGGUAUGAAGGUUUUCUUCAGGGGCUUGACUAUUUGCAGCGUCAGAGCCUUCGUCGUUAACGCGGUUCAGUGGGCCGUGUACGAAUGGGUCAUGUAUGAAAUGGGCCAAGGCCGCAGAAGGCCUGCUGCCAUGAUAGAGUCUGAGUCUGGACAGCCAUUAUAG